GAGAAUAUUUUUUCAUUUUCUUGGAAUGUCAGUAGUGAACUCAUUUAUCUAUUAUAAAGAUCUUUCUGGUAGUAGUAAUAUUAGUACAGUAAAAUAUAUAUCAUAUAUUAGCACCGCACUAAUAGGUAGCUAUUGUAGUAGAAAACGAAUAGGAAGACCUUUGACAAGGAGUAGUCAGAAGAAGAUCCGCAUCGAGAAAAGCAGUAGUGAUUCGGAAGAUUCUGAAAAAGUACGAUUGUUAGCUCAUUUACCAGAUGUUAUUUCAACUUAUCGUAGAUGCGCUUAUUGUAGUACAACAGAAAAAGAAAAAAGAACGAAUGUAAUAUGUAUUUUUUGUGGUGUUUGUCUCUGUGUGAAAAAAUGUUUUUCUUUGUAUCAUCAAAACUAUGUGUAUCAACAAUAAACUGAAUACACGCAUACUCAUAGGAAAACACAGUUUUUUGUUAUAACUUAACCAGCAGCCUCUGAAUACUGCUUAGUCACUUAGCACUAUGUUUUGUCAAACAUAAGUUCCAUAAAAAAAAGUCGAGAGUCAAAGGGUUAAAUUAAAUCGUCAACUCUUUUCUGCAUCUAGAAAAUGUAACCUCAAAAAGUUAUGAUUAAAACGGCGAGAUCCACUUUUCCAAAAAAUAAAUCGAAAUAUAGCUAGCGGCGUUUUAAUCAUAACUUUUUGAGGAUAGAUUUUCUAGAGUCCCAAGAGAUCUCAAAAUGCAGAAAAGAGCUAAAAAUUUAAUUUAAGACGUUUUCGAGCUGUCUACGGUUUUUCGUUGCGAAGAUUUUAUAGGGACUCCCGUCACGGGAUCCUGCCGGGACUCUCACGGGACAUUUUUCAAUUUUGUUUAGAUUUUUCGGGACUUUACUGGGACUCCCGCGGGAGUUUUUCAAAAAGUCCCACGAGACCCCGUGACGGGAGUCCCGUGGGACUUUGGCGGGAGUCUCGACUAGGGAUUGAAUUAGCCGUAAAACAUCCUGAAUUAUUCGAUGCACUCGGAAUUUUACAACGAAAAGGACAGCCAAAAAUGGAUAAUAAAUCAACAACGUUCAUUUUAAUGAAAAUUAUCCGUGAUUUAACUUAUAAUCGUGAUAAUACGGAAGCUCGUGAACAACAACGACGUUUUGUUAAUGAAAGAUUUGAACGUUCAAAUCUCAAUAUUGAUCGAUGUAUAAAAUCAUCAACAACAGAUUUAACAGAAUUGAUCAAAUAUUUCAGUGAUAUUUAUAAUUCUAUUGAACAAUCAAAACUUCGAAUUAAUUCUGUACGUGAACGUUUAAAAGAAUGUAAAAAUUUACUAUUAUUAAAGCGUCAAGAUAUACGAAAAUUAUGGCUGUUAACAUCAGAACAAAAUGCUUUAGUUAAACUAUACAUGAAUAUUGAUGAAUUGAAACAUGUACCAAUUCGCUUACAAUUUUAUUUGAGUAAAAAGUUAUAUUUACAUGCAGCAUUUCUAUUAUUGAAAGCAAAAGAACAUAAUGAAUUAAGGCUAAUUAAUGCUUUAUCCGAUAUUGAUGUUCAAAUAAAAGAAGAACGAGUAGCAUUAGAACAAACAUUGAAAUUAGAAUUGAUUGAUCAAUUGUAUAUGAAAUCGUGUCGCGAUACUUUGGGCAAUAAGAGCACAACAUCAAAAUUAACGGGUAGUAGUGAUGGUUCUGAUCAUGCGUAUAUCUCAAAAAUUCGUGAAAAUCGUCUACUACGAAAACAACUAGAUCAUGAUUUUGAUCAGGGAAAAUUGACAUUCGAGAGUUCGACCAGUAUGAUCGUACCUGAUAAAUAUCUAUUAGUGGAUAUUAAAUAUUCAUCAGAAUUAUAUCUCGAAGUUCUUAUACAAUCAUUAGCCGUGUUACACCGUUUAAAUGAUUCAACUGAUUUUAUUCAAAAACAACUACAUGAACAAUUACAUAAAAUUGUUAUUAAAACAACGCAACAUAUUGUCGACAAUAAUUUUUUGAAUUUGUCGGUAAUGAGUACAGCAACUACGACUUCACUAACAUUGAACAAUCUUGAUUAUUUGAGAGAUUUACUUGAAACAUGUUAUGAACAGUUUAAACUAGUUGUCAAAGCAUUUGAAUAUGUUUUGGGUAUAUUGAGAUUAGUUAAUGAUCAAAAUGCUCCCGUACAAGUACAACAAAGACAAUACGCUUUGAAUUUACAACAACAGCAAGAGCACGAUUCAAAAAGUAUGUAUUCGAAGCAUUCAUCAGCUGCGCAAAAGCAAACUGCUAAUCAGCAACAACAAUCGUUCUCUUUUCCAUCCAGCUAUCAGCCCGUUCAAUUCGAAAUUCCAGGUCUAUUUUCAAUUGAUAUUGUUUGGGAGACGUUGCAACUCGUUUUAAGUGAAGUACUGAAUGAAUAUAUCGAUUAUAAUAAUACUGUUGAAUUUCCACCACAACAAGAUUACUCCCAUCAUCAUCAUAGUCUCAUUGAUUUUUCACCUUAUUUAACAAAAAAAUAUACACCACAACAACGAUCACAACAAAAACUGUUUGAAUUUCAACAUUCCGCACAAGUUGUAUCGAUGACAAAUUAUUUUCAAGAACAAAAUCGAUUUUUACCAUCACAGCCAACACCAGCGAUACCGUCGACGGUACCGGCUGACUCAACAACAGCUGCUUCAACUUCAACGGCCGGCAUCUAUAAACAAUAUGUAUGUAAACCAAAUUAUCGAAAUAUAACAACCGUUCAUCAUGUACUACAACGGAUUAUCGAUGAUAUUGAUCAAAACAUUAAAUUACAUUCAUCAAAAAGAAUUCUAGAUAAAAAACUUACUGAAUUCAUUCGUGAUCGUUUUAUUGGCCGUGUCAUCAAAGAUAUUCGAGAAUCGGCUCAAAUUGUUUCAACAUCAUCGUCCACAUCAUCACCUAAUAUGAAUAAUGAUAAUAAUCGUUUUAUUGAAUUAAUCCCGUUAGUUUUACAAAAACAAUUACAUAUUCAUAUUCCAAUAUUACAAAGUACAUAUUUAAUUUACAAAAGUUGUGAAGAAUUAUGUUCGCUUGUAAAAUGUUUACCACCUUAUGCGGAUGACUUUUGCCAAGCAAUUAUUGAUUUAUUAUUUAAACAUCGAGAAUCAUGUCAAAAACUAUUUACAUCCAUUGUUGAACGACCCGAUUAUGUUAGUAAUAAUAAUAAUGUAACAACAGCAUCAUCUAUUUAUUCUAUGGAAUGGGUAAGAGAUUUGGACAUAAAUCGCCAUUUACGAACAAUGCCUGCAUUUGAUACUUUUAUUCGAAAUCGAACAACAUCAUCAAAUAGUGUAUUGACAACGUCAGCAAAAGCGCAUUCUGAAAUAAAUGAAAAUAUUGAUAAUAUACGCUAUCGUCAAACAAAAGAAACAGAAACAUUAUUGAUUAAUUUUAAUCGUGAUGAAAUGAAUUUAGAUGAUAUAUGUACAAAUUAUAAACAAAUUAAACUAUUGGCAAAUUGUCAUGAGAGUUUAGAUUGGUUGUAUUAUAAAUUAUCCUAUUAUUUUGACAUAUUAGAAAAAUGUUUGAAUGAUCCAAUGUAUUUAGAUUAUUUGACACAACAAUCGGCAAGUCAGAGUCCAACAGUAAAUACAAAUCUAAAUACUACGACUCCUAUUCGUCAAAAGCAUGUUCAACAUCAGUAUGAUUUAUUAAAAUUAUCUCGUGCAAAUUUGGAAAUAUUUUCAAAUGCAAUGAAAACUAUUUUAACAUUAUCCUAUGAUAUGUUACUUGUAUUAUUUCUGGAAAUUCGUUUACAUUGUUUUUAUCAUUUAUCUCUUUUGUUUCGUAAUGCUUCACAUUAUUCAUCGGUUAUUGAUACCGAUCCUGAUGAAAAUAUUCUUAAUUUAAAUCGUGAUUUAACACGUUUACAAGAAACAUUAAUGUCAAGUUUAAAUGAUGAAAAAUUUCAAUUUUUAUUUCAAGGACUUGGUUUUGUUUUGGCCACUAUUCUUAUUCGAUCAUCACCACGUUUUAUUCGAAUCAGUGAAACCGGUAUUACAAAAAUGUGUCGAAAUAUUUUUAGUAUUGAACAAACGCUUACACAAAUUCGUACCAUUGGUGGUGGUGAUGCGGAAUUGAUGCGUGCUCACCGAUACUAUGAACUAUUGUAUUCCAGACCAGAUGAUAUUAUUGGAAUUAUUGAAGAAAAAGGACAAGAAUAUACGGAAACAGACUAUAUUAAUUUGUUACAUUUGAAACAUCGAUCAUUUCCAGCUACCGAUUUUGAUAUUAAACAAUACGAGAACAUGAUAAAAAAAGCUUUACAUCCACAGUCGUCAGCACAAAAAACAACUAGCACAAAUCAUGUAAAUGGAAGAAAAGGACCUAAGUAA